AUUAUCGUCAAAUGUCAAUCGUCUCAUUGUUUCAUUGGAACCGAAAUAUUUAGGUUAGAAAAUUAUAAGAACAAUUUGAAAAAAAUAUAAGUCUGUUGAUAAAAUACACAUAUUCAAUAACAAGAAUUGUACAAAACAUAUUGACAAUGGGUACCAAUAAUAAAUUAGAGGAGUUAGCCAUCAGCUUAUACAAUAUAGAUGCGGUAAAAUUUGGUGAAUUCAUGACUAAAAUUGGAAUAAAAACGCCAGUUUAUUUCGACUUAAGAGUUAUUGUAAGCUACCCGGAUGUAAUGGAUCUGAUAUCUGUUUUACUGUACGAAUAUGCGCUAAAAGAUAAGAAAUGUGAUCAUGUUUGUGGUGUUCCAUACACGGCUUUACCAAUAGCAACCUUGAUUAGUGUGAAAACCAAGACAUCUAUGUUAAUGAGACGGAAAGAAGCUAAGUCUUAUGGAACGAAGAAGGUCAUAGAAGGUCACUACAAACAAGGUGACUCUUGUCUUAUUAUUGAAGAUGUUGUUACUUCUGGGUCGAGUGUACUGGAAACUGUUACUGAUUUAAGAAAAGAAGGUUUAAAGGCUGAGGAAGUAAUCGUAAUACUUGAUAGGGAACAAGGUGGAAAGCAAAACUUGGCUGUAAACAAUGUUCAAAUGAAGUCUCUAUUCACUAUGACUGAAUUAAUUGACAUAUUAGUAAAGAAUAAUAAAAUAACUGAAGAAAGUGGUAAAGAUGUGAUAAAUUACUUAAAAAAUGUUCAAGCCCCUCAGUCAGCUCCUGAAUUUGAAAGAAUAUUACUUCCUUAUGAAAAACGAGCAGAGUUUGCCACAAAUUCCAUUGCCAAGCAAUUAUUUACCAUAAUGGCCACAAAAAAAACCAACUUAUGUUUAUCUGUUGAUCUUACGUCAUCAACAAAGAUCCUUGAUCUUUUAGAGAAAGUUGGUGAACAUGUGUGCUUAGUGAAGACACAUAUUGACAUAAUAGAAGAUUUUACUAAUGAUUUUAUAGUACGCCUAAAGCAGUUGGCACAAACAUUUAAUUUUUUAAUUUUGGAAGAUAGAAAAUAUGCUGAUAUUGGUAACACAGUAUCAUUGCAAUAUUCCAAAGGUUUAUAUCAAGUUGGAGAAUGGGCUGAUUGUGUGACAGCACAUUCACUGCCUGGCGAGGGACUCUUGAAAGCUCUUAAUAAUUCUAAUAAUGGUCUCAGUCGAGGAGUUUUCUUAUUAGCUGAGAUGAGUAGCGAGGGCAACCUCAUUACAAAAGACUACACCGAAACAACUGUGAAAAUGGCAGCUAAAUAUCCUGAAAUCAUCACAGGAUUUGUCUGUCAGAAAAAGGAGACAUUUAAGGAUCCAGGAUUGAUUCAACUCACACCUGGUGUACAGCUAGAAAGUUCUAAGGAUGAACUUGGCCAAGUAUAUAACACACCAGAGAAAGUUAUUUUGGAAAAUGGUGCAGAUGUUGUUGUUGUUGGAAGAGGCAUUGUGGCUGCCAAAAGUCCAGUUUCAGAGGCUAUUAUUUACAAAGAUACUCUAUGGAGGUGUUACAUGAAAAGAGUUUCUGGUAAAAUGGAAUAACCCUUAUAUUAUAUUAAGAUUAUUAAAACAAUAAUUCCUUUUUUAAUUUGUUGUAUUAAAAAAAAACAUUGCUAUCAGAUGAAAUAUAAAUUUGUGAAUUUAUAUGUUGUGCUUAUAUUUUUUAUAAUAAUAGUAUAUCUAGGUCAUACUUUUUAAGAUUUAAUCCAAUAUUUUUAUACUAUAAAUGUCAUUUUACAUAUACAUUUCCAAUUUAGCGAUACUAGGUAAAGAGACUGAAUGAAUUGACCACUGAGGAUGUUAAUGACUGUAUUAUGAAUUUUUAUAUAGUUUACUCUGUUAUAAAAUUGCAUUCCUGUCUUAAAUAAGAUGUUAUUUAAAUAUACUGUAUUUAUUUACAAAA